AUCAUAUUUUUUCCAAAGUCGAUAUCUUCCUUAUCGAAGGGAGUGAUUGAGAGGGAGCGCUAUGGCUACUAGAUGAGAUCAAGCGACUUAUUUCAUAAAUAUGAAUUUAAUCGACUAUGUUGUAAUUUCUAAUUAUAAUCACGCAUCUGUCAUUAUUUUGUAAUACACAUUUUUCGUCUUCUGAGUUAAAGCGCAUUAUAAACGGAUAAUUAUGUUUGAUCAAAGGAUUAUAGCAGUUGGCUUCCUUGUAUGUUUUGCAAUAGUAUUUAACUUUUCUCUUCAUCGUAUUGAAGAAGGUCAUGUAGGGGUGUACUUCCGGGGUGGUGCAUUGUUACCCCAAGUGAGUCAUCCAGGUUUUCAUAUGAUGAUACCAUUGUUGACCACAUAUCGUGCAGUUCAAGUAACUUUGCAGACGGAUGAAGUGAAGAAUGUGCCAUGUGGAACUAGUGGUGGUGUAAUGAUUUACUUUGAUCGUAUAGAAGUUGUGAAUAUAUUGGAUGCAAAUAGCGUUUACAAUAUGGUGAGAAAUUUCACAGCAGAUUAUGAUCGUACCUUAAUUUUUAAUAAAGUGCAUCAUGAAUUAAAUCAGUUUUGUUCAGUACAUACAUUACAUGAAGUGUACAUUGAUUUGUUCGAUCAAAUUGAUGAAAAUUUAAAAACUGCACUUCAAAGGGACUUAAAUGAAUUAGCGCCUGGUCUCAAUAUACAAGCUGUAAGAGUAACAAAACCAAAAAUUCCUGAAACAAUCAGGAAAAAUUAUGAAUUGAUGGAAGCAGAGAAAACAAAGCUGUUAAUAUCCACACAACAUCAAAAAGUAGUUGAGAAAGAUGCUGAGACAGAUCGCAAAAAGGCUGUUAUUGAAGCUGAAAAAGAAGCACAGGUUGCAAAAAUUCAAUAUAAUCAAAAAAUUAUGGAGAAAGAGUCUUUGCAACAAAUGGCUGCGAUAGAGGAUGAGAUGCAUUUAGCGAGACAAAAGAGCCGUUCGGAUGCCGAAUUCUACCAAAUGAAAAUGCAGGCCGAGGCGAAUAAGCUACUUUUAUCUAAGGAAUUCUUAGAACUCAAGAAGUACGAUUCAUUGGCGCGCAACGCGAAAAUAUAUUACGGGCAAGACAUUCCAAAAAUGUUCAUACAUGGUGGUUGCUCAAGUGAUCUCGGUGUCGAUUCCAGUACAAAUAUCGAGGAGAAACAAUGAUAAAAACCGAGUGCUGUAAUUCAUAUUUUAUUUUCUUCAUUAAUAUACGAAAUGAAAUGAUUUUAUUUUUUCAAAUCGAUACUCUU